CUUUAAUUGCAGAAGAAAUAGUAAAUCAAGAAGAUCAAAGAGCUAUUGAAGUACUUUUGCAAACCAAUAUAAAUGAAUCUUUAAAAGUUAAUAUAGAUCAAUAUUUAGAAGUUGUUGAUUUAACAAAACGUCAUAUAGUAUCAACAAAUGAAGCUUUUAAUGGUCUUAAAAUAUGGAUGCAAUAUUUAGAAAGACAGAAAAAUAAAGAAUUUGAUAUGAAAAAUAUGAGAAUUAUGCAACGAAAAGUUUUUAAUAGUAAAAUACAAAAAAAUAACUAG